AUCUGUUUGAACUUCGGAAAUGGACUUCACCUAGAGGUUUUUAAUCAAGCUGCCAAAAAUGAUCAUUUGUCUAAUCAGAAUAGUAAAAUCAGACAAAAGCGAGAAUGGAUUGUUCCACCAGCUAUGAUUUCGGAAGAGGAUGACAGUUUGAUGAUGAAUCCAAUUGCUAGAAUAACUUCUGAUCAUGCAAAUGAUCCAGGGGUGGUAAUUACUUACACAAUUUCUGGCCAAGGAGUGAACGAUGGAUUGUUUGUUAUCAAUGGAAAAACUGGAGAACUGAACAUAACAAGAAGAGUUGACCGAGAAAAGACUCCAAUGUUCUAUCUUAAAGGUCAUGCAUUUGAUCAGAAUGGGAAAAAAGUGGAAGAGCCAAUAGACCUGAGAAUUAAAGUUAAGGAUAUAAAUGACAAUUACCCAGUGUUUUCAAAGGAAGUUUUUACUGGCUCUGUUGAAGAGUUAAGUGAAUCAGGUACACUUGUGAUGAGGAUAAAUGCAACUGAUGCAGAUGAGCCGAAUAAUAUAAAUUCCAAAAUUGCUUUCAGGAUUCUUCAAAAUCAGCCAUCUUCAUUCAGUAUUAAAAAAAACACCGGCGAAGUUGUAACAGCAACAUUCUAUCUUGACAGAGAGGAACAAAGUAACUACACUUUCACUGUAGAAGCAAGAGACAGAGAUGGAGACAAAACUGGGCUAGCUACAACCAGUACUGUAAAAAUCCAGAUUUUGGAUGUCAAUGACAAUAUUCCUGUUUUUGAAAGGCAGACAUAUGAAGGCAGUGUCGAGGAAAACAGAGCAAAUGUGGAAAUUAUGCGACUGCAAGUAUCUGACAAAGAUGAAAAAUUCUCUGAUAAUUGGCUGGCAAACUUUACAAUUGCCUCUGGGAAUGAAGGGGGUUAUUUCCGUAUAGAGACAGAUGCUCGAACAAAUGAAGGAGUUUUGACUCUUGUAAAGGAGAUCAAUUAUGAGGAAAUGCAAAGCAUGAACUUGAGUGUUGUCGUUACAAAUAAAGCAGCAUUUCACAAAUCAAUUAGUAAUACCUACAAAGUAAAACCAGUUCCAGUCACAAUUAAGGUGAAAAAUGUGCUAGAGGGCCCUAUAUUCAAACCCCACACAAUGGUGAUAAAGACAACUGAGACUAUGAUGAUAAACCAGAUUAUUGGGAGAUAUCAAGCCUAUGAUGAAGACACUUCAAAAGUAGCAGAACAUAUCACAUAUGUAAAAAAAAAUGAUAAAGAUAAUUGGAUCAUGAUCAAUUCUACUACAGCUGAAAUCAGGCUAAUAAAAAUACCUGAUUAUGAGUCAUCUUAUGUAAUUAAUGGUACCUACAAUGUCACCAUUCUGGCCAUAAGUAACGAUUAUUCUAAGAAAACAGCCACUGGUACCAUUGUAAUUCAGGUUACGGAUACCAAUGAUAAUUGUCCAAUCAUUGUGACUCCAGUACAGACAGUGUGUUCAAAUGCAAAGUUCUUCAGUUUUACAGCUAAUGAUCGAGAUGCUUAUCCAAAUAGUGCUCCCUUCACUUUUACUGUCAUUGAUGAGCCUGAAGGGAUGGCAAAGAAAUGGGUAAUUGGAGACACAAAUGCAACAACCAUGCAGCUGUUACUACCACAAGAUGUAAAGCCCAGCACAAAUCAAGUUCAAAUUUUAGUGAAAGAUAUGCAAGGUUUAAGCUGUGCUGAAAAGCAGAUCCUUACAUUGACAGUUUGUACGUGUGUGAAUGGGGGUUCCUGCCAAGACAGACUAAUCAACUCUUCAGUUGGGCUAGGAGCUGGAGCAAUUGCACUAAUUAUCUUAGCAAUUUUAUUGUUGCUACUUGUGCCACUCUUACUGCUGUUUUGCAAUUGUGGAUCAGGUGCUAAAGGAUUCACAGCAAUACCUGACAGUAGUGAAGAGAUGUUACGUAAAUGGAACAGUGAAGGGGCAGCACCUGAAGACAAGGCAAUGCUAACCCUCAUCGCUCCCACUGCGCUGGACAACUCAGCAGCAAAUGUGCGCAGUGGAGCAGCAGCGGCAAUGGGUUCAGAGGCAGCUGCUACAGGAGGAGGCAGUUCUCAGUCCCAUAUUGAAAGACGCUAUGGUAAUGCUAACAUGAGCAAUGGCAGAUGGGAAGAACAAAGACAUCUUUUUUCUGGUGCAAAAUAUGGAGCCAUGACAGCUGGGGGGGCCAUGGCAACUGGGGGGGCCAUGGCAGCCGGCGGGGCCAUGACAGUGGGAGCUGGAACGACCAUGAUGAUGGGAGCUGGACGGGCCAGAACGACAGGACCUGAAGUGGGCAUAGAUGAAGAAUUUUUGAGAGACUACUUCAAUGAGAAAGCUGAUACUUUUGCUGACGAAGAUGAAGCUCAACUAGCAAAAGACUGUCUCUUGCUUUACUGUCAGGAAGAAGUAGGCUCCUCACAUGGUUCCAUUGGCUGCUGCAGCUUUAUUGAAGAUGACUUGGAUGACCAUUUUCUGGAUGAUUUAGGAGAUAAAUUUAAGACCCUAGCAGAUAUCUGUCUGGGCAAACAUGCAGAAGUAGAAGUCAGCCAAUGUAGUUCCCAUGUGUUGAAAGACAGGAAUGCUAGUCCAACCAUGAAUGAGUCAAGUUUGUGUCUUAAUGAUGCAUUGCCACAGUUCUUAGAUCAGCAAAAUGCUUUCAGUUCAGAACAUACCUAUUCUUUAGGCACCAGCUUCCAACCACCCAAGCCUGUGCAUAGAGUAAAUGGCAUAGGUUCAGAAACUAUGACACGAGAGGUGGUCACUGAAACAUCCUAUGCCUCUAGGCCUGGCCUGCAACAAGCUAGACCUCUUGUUGAUCCCUUGGCUAACAGCAAUGUUAUAGUGACAGAAACAUCCUCUGUUGCUGGCCCCACCGUGCGACCCACCACAGGUAUUCUUGAUCCGCAGUUCCUUGUAACAGAAAGAGUGCUCGCCCCAGCUUCUGGUUUGCAGGAUAUGUUAGAAAUCCCUGACUUGCCAAAUGGACAUAAUGUUAGGGUAACCGAAAGGCUGAUUAGGUCAGAUGACACUAUGCCUGGAGUCUUAAAAGUUCAUGACUUCCCUGAUUCACAGUAUGUUGUUGUGAGGGAGAGGGAGAGGCUGCUUGUACCUAGUUCAGAUCUAAAGACCUCGCUAAGCAUUCCCAAUUUAUCAGAAAGGCAGAAUGUGGUGAUAACUGAAAGAGUGGUUACACCCACCUCAGGGCUGCAGGCUAGUUACACAACUCCAGCUGAGGUUUUAGGGAUGCAAAGCAUAAGAGGGCAGACCACCAUUUCUGGAUCUGGAAGGCAGGAGCGUAUACUAAUCACAGACCCCCUCUCUAACCAAACAGGUUUGGAGGAUUCUUCUACCAUAAGUAAGUCUUCAAAUAUCAGAAAAUACAGCACUGUACAGUAUACUCGCUCAUAAAAUAUAUUUCUCUCAGACAGCUCUGCUAGACAUCAUUUGUAUCUCUACCAGCAACACUGGCAACUUUUUAGUAUCUCAAGAUCUCAACUUUCUUGUGCUUUUAAAAAUGGCAUGAAUUUUUUUACACUAGUUUCUGUAAAUAAGAAGUAUGACCAGGGAGAAAAGCAGCUGACUGUACAGUGUUUUAUAGCAAUGCUUUCAAGAUGGACAAUGAAUAGGAAUGUUUCCUUGUUUUUUCCUUCUACUACUGUAUAGUUCAUCAUGUGUAAGAUAAUCCAGGAGAAGACUAAACCCAUCACCCACAUGCAGAAAAUGAUAUAAUUAGAAAGCCAGAAAAGUCUUGAAAAAAAUUGUAAUGACCAACAAAAAAUGUUGUUAAACUAAAUUUCUAUGAACUGUUUGUCUCCUAUGUUCUAACGUGUCUUGCAAGGAGCUCUGGAACUUAGUCAUCAGUUUCAUUCCCUCUCAUCUAAAAGGGCCAGAAACAACUUUUCUCCACAGAGAUGAGGGCUGUCUGUAUAUGCAAUAUACCAGGCUCCAGAGAUUUACAAAUGGAAGAAUUUGUCAGAAUUUCAUAAAUAAUUUGAGUCAGAUAAUGAUCUCUAGCUGUGAGGUGCACACUGCCUCAGAGCUAGGAAAACCUGUUCCUGAGAAUGCACCCCAAAGAGAAGUAGGUUUGCUGGUGUUCAACACAUGUUCCCCUCACAUAGGAGGACCAGAUCUUCCAACAUCUAAUCUGAAUUUUGAUUUCUGCCCCAUCUUUUCGUUACAUAUUUACCUUUUUAAGGAACAUUUUAAUAUCAUAACCUUGAAAAUAACUAAACUUG